UCUUCCUCGUGAACGCGCGAGGCUGGAGUGCUGCAUGUUGUAGCCAGGUGAAUGAAAUUGCGGAGAGGAAGCAACGAUGGCGACCGCUGCAGAUGAAAUUGGUCAAAUCACUCCUAAUUCUGAAAAUAAUUUGACGGCAUUAUCUCUUAAAAUUACGAGGAAAAACCAGGACAGGCCCUGGAAAUUGAGGUUUAUUUACCUGCAGUGCUAUUUCGUCUCUGUUGCAUCAAUCUUGGGAACUGGAAUCUUAGGUCUUCCAGUCACAAUUGCACAUUCUGGAUUGCAGCCAUUUCUGGUCUCUUUUGUAAUUGGUUUCUUCAUGCAAGCUUUGUUGAUUUACCUGUUUAUAGAUUUACUGCAGCGGUGUCAAGUUGCUCAACUGGAGACUUUUAAGCUUUCAGGAACAGAAAGUAUUCUCAUGCAGGAUGUAGGAGAUCGGGACUUGGUCCUCAAUACUGCAGAGGAAGAGGAGGAAACAGAAGAUGCAGACAGAGGGUUGCUGUCAAAGAACAAAGGAGAGAAUCCUGAAGAGGAAUGUGUUCCAAACUUGCAUAUUCUGGGAGUUCUGUUUCUCAGCAAGUAUAUGAGUUAUGCUUUCAACCUCCUUCUGGUUUUUCAGUUCAUCGCUAUUGGGAUCAGCUAUGUCCUGGCAGGCAGUGAAUCAUAUGCUGAGUUGCUUCAUAUAAGGAGAAGCAUAUUGGAUUUGGCAACCUAUGUCUAUGUUAUCCCAUUCUUUACGUGGAUCCUUGCUCUGGGAAUACUUGUAGCUCAGGUUGUUAUCCAGCCAGUCACAUCCUUGCUGACACUACUGAAAGGAACUCUGCUAAUAGUCACAGUUGCUGUGACAUUCGUUGUGGGCUCAGAAGUUAAGCAGGAAAUCAGCAAUGAUUUCUCCUAUGUAGGCAAACCUUUUCUGAUGGGCACUGUGGCACUAGGAGGUGUUGUCAAUGUGAUGCCAUUCUUAUUCUCAGAAAUCUCCCAUAAUAAAUCUCAGAUCAUGUGGUUCCGGAGAGCUGUUUUUGGAGGUCUCGCCACAUGUGCCGUGUUGAACAUCCUAUGGUGCUGGGCUGUGCUGAAAAUUGUUCCCCAGAUGUCUGUGAGAAAAGUCUUGGAGGAUGAAAUCUUAAAUAACAGCAUGACAUUUUCACAAGUGACUGUGCCAGUUUACACAUUUAUCUACUCCAAUAUCUCUCUGGAGGAAUCAGAAAAAUUAGGAGAAAUAGCAACAAUUCCACUAACAAAGAUCAUUACCGAACACCACCAUCAGUUUGCCUGGGUGGCGUGGUUUACUGAAAUCUUCAUUGCUAUCAGUAUAACAGUCUCAUUUCUGGUACUCGGAUCAACAAUAAAGCAUACCUUUGAAGGCUGGGUGAAUUCACUUUGGAGUAGAAAGCUAACUGAAUUGUCUGAUAACUGUGAAAAAGCUUUGCCACAACUUCAGAAGUGCUGUACCCUAAAAAGUGUGGUUCAUGGAUGUACAUGUCUCGUGGCAUUUGGUAUUAUUUUUAUAGUAGCAGAAAGUGAUCCAAAGGGAUUUGUCGUGAUGCUGGAUAAGGUAGCUUCUUUCACUUUAAAUCUCGAAGCGGGGCUCUUCGUGUUCUUAAUGCUGAGAAAAUCUAGAUCAGAGCCAUUCAUACAUUUUUCUGUGCCUUUGCCAGUAAGUGAAAGACUGUUCACUUUACACUGGAUUUUGCCAGUUUACUUCCUUUUUGCAGUGGGUUAUGAUAUAUUCCAGUCCAUGGGUGAAGUGGCAGAAAGCUGGAUUCAAACACAGUCCAACACUUCCAGAGGAGAAGUACAAUUGAUACAAGAGCCGUAACAAUGCAAGAAGCAACCAUCUGUAUUUCAUCAUUGAUGAAUAUUACUGUGAGAUAUACAGCAGAACAACAAAAUGUAAUUAUGCUGUAUAAACACAGUAUAGCUAUGUCAAAAGAAACUGUGACUUUAAAAAUAUAUUGCAUGGUAUGCAUUUAAAAUGCAAACAGGGAUACUGUGAUGUUAUGAACAAAAGAACAUACUUGAAUGUCUGGCAAACACUUGUUUCUGUAUUAGCUUUAUCAUAUAUGCUAUGACGUAUCAUUUUUUUAAUUUAUUUGAACAGAACAUUAAAAAUAUAUAUAUAGUUUAAGAUGUACAGUAUGUAAUGUUUUACCAAAAAAAAAAAGCUAAAGUAAUAAAGGCAAGCCAAUAGACAGUUAUGUUGACUUAACAUUCCAGUGAACUUGCUGAUUUAUGAUUUUGCUAUUUAAAGUGUAUUCUACUUAAAAACAAAACUAGAAAGUUAAGUCUACUAUGAAUAAACCAAAAUGAUUUAUUUAAACAGAUAUAAUUGUUAUCAUACAUACAUACUUUGACUACAAAUAAAAAGUUUGUUGUAAUUUAUUCAGCAGAACAAGCAAGUUCAAUCUUUUUUCCGUUCUGAUGCUUAGGAUGACCUUCAACUGUGAGCCACGGCAUCUUGAACAAUUCUGCAUUUAUUUGUUGCAGUAGAAGUGAGGUCAGUCAUAAUAAAGGGAUACUUUUAUCAAGGGGUCUAGUGAUAUUUAUAAACCAGAAGAGCAAAGCUCAAGUAAGUUGAGUCCUGAGAUCAAAUUGCCACUGUAUUUUUGUACUUUAUCUAUUGUAAUAUAUAGAAAUAAAAUCAGUAAAA